GAUGUAUGAGCGCUUAAAACGCGCAGGAGGAGCGAGUCUCGGCUUCUUGUCACCUUCUCGUAUUAAGGUGCAGCCGGUACUGGUUCUCGGAUUCAGCCAUGUCCCACGGACGGAAGCCUUUAUCGACUUUUCUCGUCGCUUCGUGGCGAUAAUGUGGAUGAACGUUGAACGUGUUUAGCAGCCUACCGGGAUGGAUCAUGGACGCAAAAAGAAGCUGACGUUUAUCACCAUCGGAUUUAUCUUCUUGUUGAGCGGCGUGGAAUAUGCCGUCAUCCUGCCCACAAUAUGGAAGUACUUGCAAACCCUGGACGCACCGCCGUACUUCCUGGGUUUGACCCUAUCAGCAUUCAGCCUGAGCGGCCUCCUGUCAGGGCCGCUGUUUGGUCACUGGUCUGACAGAACCCGAACCACCAAGAAGAUUAUCUUGCUUUCCAACCUUUUUGAGAUUGUGGGUAACUUCAUGUACUUCCUGGGCUUCUCCAGGUGGCUCCUGCUGUCCAGCAGGCUGGUGGCAGGCAUCGGCACAGGCGCCGGCUCGUCCAUCUUCGGCCUCCUGACCAGAAGCACACGCCCACAGGAUCGCUCCACGGUGUUUGCCGCCGUCAUGGUGUGUCGACAGGUGGGCCUUCUCAUUGGUCCGGCAUUUAACAUCUUCCUGCGACUGUGUGACUUCCAUCUGGGUCCCUUCGUGGUCAACACCUACACGGCACCAGGGUUGUUCAUGUGUCUACUUUGGAUUCUUCUUCAACUGGCUGUGCUCUUCCUGUACUGGGAUCUUCCACCUCUGGAAAAGGGGAAGGAUGCGGCUAAGGCGCCGCACGGCGUCGCUGAAAAUGAAGAAGCGAUGGAGGAAGAGGAGGGCGAGGAUAACGACGAGGGAAAGCCGCUGAUGCGUUCCCAGGAGCUGGCGGGAUCCUACGGCUCGGUGCUCGCUUCCGACUCACACGGGAAUCGCAGCACUUCGACUUCCGAUCCGAGCGCGAAUGCGAAUCCCGUUUCCCCGUCCCCCGAGGCAGCGGCGUCACAGGAAGCCUGGAGGCCCUUUAAGAGCGUCAGCCUCUCGCGUGAGUUCCUGAGGGAGGAGGUGGUCGUGCUGCUGGCUGCCCAGUUCAUCACCCUCUUCAACCAGACCGCCCUGGAGACCAUGGUGACCCCGCUGACCCAGAAGUACUUCAACUACGGGGAGCUGGAGAACAGCCUCAUGUAUUGCCUGUGCGGCGUGGAGGUGAUCGCCGGCUUCCUGUUCGUGCGCUGGCUGAGCCGGCGUGUUGCUGAGCGAGUCAUUCUGGCCGUCGGCCUCGGAAUUUGCAACAUCUCCUGCGUCUGGUGCCUCAUCUUCGUGGCCAAGCCACUAGGUGGUUUCCCGUGGCAGCUGACCGAGUUCAUCGUAGGCGUCUUCCUGCAGGUUCUGGGUCUGCCGUUUGUAGCAGUUGCCCAGAUUUCCCUCUUCUCCAAAGUCACCUCUGAGGAAACGCAAGGUUUCAGUCAGGGGGUGCGGCGCUCGGUGGGGGGUUUGGCCACCAUCCUGGGCCCACUGUGGGCGGGCGGCCUCACGUCCAACCUGUACAUCAUGAUCGGGGUCAUGAUGGCGCUGCUGGUGCUGCUGACGGUGAUGCUGGCCUUCUCCUAUAAGCGGCUGGUGGAACCUUCUGGAGAGGAGGAAGUGGAAAGCAGAGUCAGCUGCUAGUUGCUAUGGAAGGUCUGCAGGCUUCCUGGACGUGUUUGGAAAGUGCAGCACCCUAAAUAAGGAUGAGUUUGGUGAAUAUGUAUAUUUCCCAUGGAAAUAUGGAAUCCAACUCACACGUUUGUCCCAUUGUAGGAUCAUAGUUUUAUUGGUUAUGUCUUAUAAAUGAUAGCUUUGUUCAGUGCACACAUGGAAUACUCCAUUGGAACACUAGAGGGCGCACUUGGACUGCUAUAUUGGAACACUAUAGAGGGGGAACCUGGACUGCUCCAUUGGAACACUAGAGGGCGCACUUGCACCUCAAUGGAAUAAUACUGCUGCACGUGCGUCAUGAGAUGUAUUAUUUUUAUUCUAUGUACCAAUGCUUGCUAUGAGUAUUUAUUGUCGUUAAGAUUAAUUAAUAUGUUCAUUCAAUGCAGCAAAUUUAAUUCAAUUAAAGUAAAAUA